AUGUUUGUCAAGGCAUCUCACAAAAGCGCAAGCGCAGAGUUGGAAACCAAAACUGAAAACGGAAACAGCUUACAAACUGACGACAUCAUGGAAGCCCCACCACCCACCUUCGGGAUCUUGAUGGCUGAAUCCGCCGUGGCCGAAAAGAUGGCCGACGAUGCUACCGAGGCCACCCAGCACUCCCAGACCGACUCUGUUGCGGAGGAAGAGGCCGUCGACGCGGAAGUGUCCACAGAAGAAAUGGUCUCCGAAGGGAGACCCCAUGCUGCCCAAGAGGCCACUGGCGAGGCAUCUUCGUCUUCGGGGGCUGGCUUGGGUGGGUUGCUGCAGCAACUCGUUUCCGCCAGUGGGGAAGGACCAAUGUACCAAACCACCAUAGCCGGUCUCAAUGAGCUCGGACUCAGAUAUGACGUCCAAGAACCAGGCCGAAUCAUUGUGUUUACAAUGAACUGCAAAGUCGGAUCGAGCCGAGUCAUCGUUGCGACCGAGGAAGCGGACAAGAAAUUCCUCUUUUACAUCAAGACUCCCGCCACCGUCCCUGAAGAGAAGCGAACCCAAGCGGCUCUCUUUUUGACUUGGGUCAAUUACGGGCUAUCAAUCGGAAACUUUGAAAUGGAUAUGAGCGAUGGGGAAGUCCGCUUCAAGAGUUCCAACCACUUGUUGGGAGCUGAGCUCUCCACGGAAAUGGUUGUGCACACGGUGGCUCUCUGUGUCAGGAUGAUUGACCAGUUCUUCCCUGGACUCAUGGGUGUGGUUUACGGCGACAAGGAUCCCAAGGACGCCCAUGAUGAAUGCAUGAGCGGUGGGCGAAUCGCCCAGGCACAGUAG